AAGGAAAAGAUGUUAUCCCGGUUAAGAGUAGUUACCACUCCUUGCACUUUGGUAUGUCGGCAUUUGCACAUAAAAGAGAAGGGCAAACCACUUAUGUUGAAUCCAAGAACAAACAAGGGAAUGGCAUUCACAUUACAGGAACGACAAAUGCUUGGUCUUCAAGGACUUCUACCUCCCAAAAUAGAGACACAAGACAUUCAAGCCUUACGAUUCCAUAGAAACUUGAAAAAAAUGAAUAGCCCUUUGGAAAAAUACAUCUAUAUAAUGGGAAUACAAGAAAGAAAUGAGAAAUUGUUCUAUAGAAUUCUGCAAGAUGAUAUUGAAAGUCUGAUGCCAAUUGUAUAUACACCGACAGUUGGUCUUGCCUGCUCCCAGUAUGGGCACAUCUUCAGAAGACCCAAGGGAUUGUUUAUUUCAAUCUCAGACAGAGGCCAUGUUAGAUCAAUUGUGGAUAACUGGCCAGAAAAUCAUGUUAAGGCUGUUGUGGUGACUGAUGGAGAAAGAAUUCUAGGUCUUGGAGAUCUGGGUGUCUAUGGAAUGGGAAUUCCAGUAGGAAAGCUUUGUUUGUACACAGCUUGUGCGGGAAUACAGCCUGAUAAAUGCCUGCCUGUAUGCAUCGACGUGGGAACUGAUAAUCUAGCACUCUUAAAAGAUCCAUUUUACAUGGGUUUGUACCAGAGACGAGAUCGCUCACAGCAUUAUGAUGAACUGAUUGAUGAGUUUAUGAAAGCUAUUACGGACAGAUAUGGCCGGAACACACUUAUCCAGUUUGAAGACUUUGGGAACCACAAUGCAUUCAGGUUCUUGAGAAAAUACCGAGAAAAGUAUUGUACUUUCAAUGAUGAUAUUCAAGGGACAGCGGCAGUGGCUCUUGCCGGUCUUCUUGCAGCACAAAAAGUUAUCAGCAAACCAAUCUCACAACACAAAAUCUUAUUCCUUGGAGCAGGAGAGGCUGCUCUUGGAAUUGCAAAUCUAAUAGUUAUGUCUAUGAUAGAAAAUGGGCUCUCAGAAGAAGAGGCACAAAAGAAAAUCUGGAUGUUUGACAAGUAUGGUUUAUUAGUUAAGGGGCGGGAAGCCAAAAUAGACAGUCAUCAGGAACCAUUUGCUCACUCAGCCCCAGAGAGCAUACCAGAUAGUUUUGACGAGGCAGUAAAUAUACUUAAGCCUUCAACUAUAAUUGGAGUUGCAGGCGCUGGCCGUCUUUUUACUCCUAAUGUGAUCAAAUCCAUGGCUCAUAUCAAUGAAAGGCCUGUAAUAUUUGCACUGAGUAAUCCAACAGCAAUGGCUGAGUGCACGGCUGAAGAAGCAUAUACACUUACAGAGGGAAGGUGUUUGUUUGCCAGUGGCAGUCCAUUUGAGCCCGUGAAACUCAGAGAUGGGCGAGUCUUUAUACCAGGUCAAGGAAACAAUGUAUAUAUUUUCCCAGGUGUGGCUUUAGCUGUUAUUCUCUGUAACACCCGGCACAUUAGUGACAAUGUUUUCCUAGAAGCUGCAAAGGCACUGACAAGCCAACUGACGGAUAAAGAGCUCGCCCAAGGGAGACUUUACCCACCACUUGCUAAUAUUCAGGAAGUUUCUAUUAACAUUGCUAUUAAAGUUACAGAAUACCUGUAUGCUAAUAAAAUGGCUUUCCGAUACCCAGAGCCCGAAGACAAGGCCAAAUAUGUGAAAGAAAGACUAUGGCGGAGUGAAUAUGAUUCCUUGCUGCCAGAUGUGUAUGCAUGGCCAGAAUCGGCAUCGAGCCCUCCUCUGAUAGCAGAGUAGAAGCACUCCUACUGACAAGUACUUUCCAUGCUUCAGGGAGCCCCCUUUUCAGAGAAAAAGAUAAUUUUUCUCAGAUUUAUGUUAUUUUCCAUGUUUUUCCUGCCGUGCAACUCUGCUUGACUUAUUUUUCCCCUACAUCUCCACAUCUGUUGGGGUCGAUGUGUCGAUGUACUGUUAAUGCCCACUGGACCCUACAGUCAGACAUCCGGGCUUCAGUUGUCACAGCUCAUGUCACAUCCCAGAGACGUUACAAAUGCGUGUGUGAAUGUCUGCACUUAGUUGACCUCUUAUUUGCCCUUGCCAGGAUUUUGCUAUUUGCUGUUAUAAGUAAUAAUCUUCUCUCACCCAGUUCCUUUACAACUACUAAGAGAGAAAUUUCCUUUUGUGGAUAUGCAUACCGGAUUUUGAGAGAAGCCAAAUUUUAAACAAAUUUCAAGGGAGAAUGGUUAUUAUCAAAAAUGUCCUUUUAUAUCAGCUUCAUCUUACCUUCAUGCUCUGAAAUCUCUUUAUAGCAGAUAGAUCCAGAGAGACAUGAAAAAUUUACCCUCUUAUUUAUUUUAGAAUUCAAUUAAAGUUUAACCAACAUUAUGAGUGAGUAAUGGGAAUUACUGCUGCCUUUAGACAAAUAAAACAGUCAUUGUUUUCAACAGUGUAUAAAAAUCAUAGUGUAACUUUUUUAUUUAAUAAAAGUAAUAUCUUAAGUUUA